UUUUUAAAAAAGAUUUUUCUCACGAGUCCCUUUCUCUCUCUCUCCUUCCUCUACUCUGUAGUGGUUGCUCGUGGUGUUAUUAUAAGAUCUUUAGUAGGAUAGAGCUCUAAAAGGGAUUCCCAGUCUACCUUUGCUUAGUAGAGCAAGGGUGAGCUUUGGAGAACGGUAUUUUUUUCACAGCUUGGAAGUGUCUGAUAAGAUCUCUUGUGCUGUUUUUUUGUCGCUAGAUAGAAAUAGGGAGAGACAGAGAAAUAGUUGCAAUAUUUUCGAAGGUUCGAUACCAACACGCUAGCCGUAACCAUGUCAACUAGCAAACCGAUUCUCCCUCCACUUGCUUCCUCCUCCACUCCAAUCCUUCCCAGCCACCAUCAGCCUUAUCUAAGUAAUAUAUCCGCCGUUGAUGUCUGUAAGUCACAAAGCAGUGAGUCCUUCUUGCACAACGUGUACAUGGGACCUCCUAGCAGAACGAAAGUUGUGUUUUAUCAGAUGAAGGAAGACAUAUUCAUUCUCUUAUCCCAAAAGUUAAUACAGAAAGGUUAUAUAUGCGGCCAGGCUUUAUCCCCCGAGAGCACACUACCAUUAUUACAGGACCCUCUCAACCAAGUUGUCCUUGUCUUGUAUGUCCAAGAGAGCCUACAUGUGUCAGCUCAAAAUCUUUUAAGACUAGUCCAGUCUCAUGGGUUAUCAGAGUCUAUAUUAGUAAUGGCAAUACUUCCCAACCUAUCUCAGAUUUCAGAAAAUCUCUUCUCUAGCCUUUUAUCUGCUGGUGUCUCAAGACUUCUUUCAGAAGAAGACGGAGAAGAGAAGUUCCUCCAAGAGCUGAGACUAGCUGAAAUGAAUGAAUUCAAACUACACAGACUAUUAGAUUUCUCCUGCUCCCUCAAGAAGGCUGUGGAUAAUACAAGUGAUGCAAUUCAGAUUACAAGGGACAGUAACAUAGUGUAUGUUAAUAAAUCAUUUAGUGAACUAACCGGGUAUCAUGCUGAGGAGUGCCUUGGUAAACCAGCCAUUGAUCUAAUGGACAUACAAGACAAUGGAACUAAGAAUCUAGCUAGAAGAGAAACUUAUGAAGGUCACUUCUUGUUAAGGAGAAAGUCAGGCUCAUGCAUUAAGCAGCACAUCAAGCUAAUGCCAGUGAAGGAUCCUUCGGGAUACGUGUCACAUCAUGUGACCAUUAGGAGACAAUUGUCAUCACAAGAAAUAAGAGCUACCAUGUUUAACAGUGGUGGCAGUAUGGAUUUGGGUUUGCCAUUGUCAAGGUCAAGGAGCAGAAUACCCCCACAGUCAGAAACACCAAUAUUAAGGGCUGUACAUGUUAUAGAUAGUGCUAGAGAUAAUCCAAACUGUCCUUUGGAAAUAAAGGAAUCACUAGACACCUGUGUAGAGAUACUACGCACUGCUGAGCUCUUUACUCCACACUUACCAGUCAAACAAACCAAGGGACUGGUAGCAGGCCUACUGGAUACUGGUAGAGGCUAUCAAACUGGAGUUACUAGUGGUGGGCAUAGCUCAGACAGCAGUAGAGGUCCUAGUACUCCAAUACACAGUCAAUCUCAUAUGGCCGGGUUUAAUGUUGCAUCACAAGCUGUCCAGGACUGCCUUGUUAAUCUUUCUACUUGGGACUUUAACAUCAUCCAUCUUGAAGGAGUCUCUCACUUUCAUCCUCUCUAUUUUCUUGGUAUGAAGAUAUUUGAUGAGUUUAGAGUCUGUGAAACAUUAAUGAUCAGUGAUAAUGUGAUGGCAUCUUGGCUCAAGCUAAUGGAGAAGAACUACAGGCAUAGGAAUACGUAUCAUAAUUCAACGCAUGCUGCUGAUGUACUUCAGGGCACGGCAUUUCUUAUCAGGUCACUCCAAUCUGAAACUUGUUCUCUACAACCAAUAGAAGUUGCUGCUUUGCUCAUAACUGCAACAAUACAUGAUCUUGAUCAUCCUGGCAGGACUAAUCCUUUCCUUGUUAACUCUGGGAGUGAGCUGGCCCUCCUCUACAAUGAUAGGACAUGUCUUGAGAAUCAUCAUGUUGCUAAAAGCUUCAAAAUAACUCUUGACGACAAACAGCAUAACAUAUUUCAAAACCUUGACCCGUCUCUCUAUCAAAGCCUCAGGUCUAAUAUAAUUGACCUGGUCCUAGCUACGGACAUAUCUAAACACUUUGAGCAUCUUGCAAAGUUUGAGAACCUCCCAACUGAAGACGAGACCUAUUUACUCUCUCAUGAGAAUCGGUUGCUGAUUCAGCGUAUUCUCGUCAAAUGUGCCGACAUUUCCAAUGCUUGUCGUCCCCUUGUUCUCUGCCGGGAGUGGGCGGGGAGGAUCGCUGAGGAAUACUUCUCGCAAACUGACGAGGAGAAGCAGCGGAAACUUCAUGUAGUGUUUCCUGAUUUUGAUAGGCAGACAUGUAAACUACCCGUCACACAGGUCAAAUUUAUUGACUACUUUGUUAGUGGCCUGUUUCAAGCUUGGCAUACUUUCUCUCCUAUACCACGACUGAUGGAGAAUCUUAGCUCAAACUAUGAGCACUGGAAGAGCCAGUAUGAAUCACCAAACAGCUCUGAGGGAGAGACAUAGGAUUCAAGGCUUAGUGAACAUAAACAAAUUACUACUACACAACACUGUGUUCAUACUUUUCAUCUCUUUGAAACUUUAUUCUCCUCUUCCAGUUCUGUUCACAUUUGAUUUCAUGACUCACAUUUUAAUUAAUUAUUAUAAA